AUGGAAUUGAUGGAGAAUGGUAUUUCACGUGUCUCACACACUAUUCCCAGCGACGCUAGUGACCGGAAUGGAAAUUCCGAGCCUCCGGCACUUGACCGUUUUGGUGCAGUUGUCCCUCCAGCUUCCCCCGAAUUCGAGACUCCUCCUCCACCAUCUCCAGUGCUUCAUGAGCUCGAUUUGGACUAUACCCUUCCUGAAGCGUCCCCGAAUGCAUUUCAUUCACUUCACUCGCUAAACGAAAGUGCAGUAGUCGAGCAUUCGUACCAAUCCGGCAUCAUCGACGUGUCUACCUCUCCCACGGAUUCCAAGGCGCCUUUCGUGCGUGGGCAUCGCCGUCGUUCUACCCACGUUACUCGUCGUGAUCUUGAGAAGUUCAGAAAGGAGGUCUUGGGGAUUGUCGAAGAACGUCCUCUCUGGUGCGAGGAGGGUGGCGAUUCUUCUACAACCUCGAAUCCGUCAGUGCUCGAGAAAUUGAACAGUGCCUUUACUUCUGCAACCAUGUCUCUGAAUAGCGGCAACGGUGGCCCCGGUUCGGGCAUGUUUCCCAAUUACAUCGACAAUGGUGCGAAUUCUGCAAAUAUGGGCAAUGCCCCUCGCCAGUCGAUGUCCCCCGCUAUGCCGGGUCCUCCUCAGGUGAAUGGCGGAGGAAUGCCUGGAAUGAACGCUGGGAUACCCAUAAAUGCUGGUCACCAGAUGGACCUUCAUCACUUGUACGAAAUGGUGCUCGAAUUAAGUGACGUCUUGAAAAACAACCGGGAGACGACCAAGAGCAUUGUCUCUAGCGCCGAGGAGAUCAUGAAGCGCACCUCUUCUGAAGGAACUACUCCCAGUCUGCAGCAGGUCAAUGGUGAACUUUCUGCCGCCCGCAUUGCCGAGCUCGAACGUGCCCUUGCGAAGGAGAAACGCCUCGUUGAAAUCUUGAAGCAAGAGCAGACCGAAAAUACCAGGCUGAUUGGCGAAUACGAAGCGGCAGUCGGUACUAUGGUGGAACAGAUUCGCAACUAUUGUCAGAACAACAACAUGCAUUACCUGGCUCAGAAACGCCAUUACAACAACCUCCUUCAGUCCGAGCGUGACGCCCACCUUGAGAGUCGUCUCGAUCGCGACUAUUGGCAUGCUCAGACAAUGAAGUGUGCUGAAAUGAUUCGUACUGCCUACCGUCUCCGUUCCGAGGAGGACGAAUUACCUAUUCGAAUCGUUGCUGGCCUUCAGAAUGAGGUUCGCGCGUAUCGCAACGCCCUCGGGAUGGACCCAGAGAAGCCCGAGGAAGAAUACGGCUGGGAAAUUCUGAAGGACGUGCCUCCAAAUUCUGAUUGA